AUGGCAUCAUCACAUAAAUAUUUCGCUCUGGCUCUUUUUGCAGUCUCAAUAAAGUUUUGUUAUUGCCAAAAUGAGACUAUAGAUGUUGCUGGAUGGGGGGCCGCCGGUGUUACUUGGUACGGUGAACCUGAAGGCGCCGGUAGUACCGGAGGAGCUUGUGGGUACGGUUCCGCGGUUGCUAAUCCACCGUUAUACGAGAUGGUUUCAGCCGGAGGCCCUUCACUAUUCAACAAUGGAUCAGGAUGUGGAACAUGUUAUCGGAUUGUGUGCAGCGGGAAUCCAGCAUGCUCGGGGAGACCAAUAACGGUGACGAUAACCGACGAGUGUCCCGGUGGUCCUUGCUCCUCCGAAGCAGUCCACUUCGAUCUUAGCGGCAGAGCCACGGGUGCCUUAGCCAAACCUGGCAAAGCCUAUCGACUUCGAUCCGCUGGUGUUCUACGUGUUUACUACAAACGCACGGCGUGUUUAUAUCGAGGAACUAACAUAGCUUUCCGAAUGGACGCUGGGGCAAAUCCAUACUACAUUGCAUUUGUUGUCGAGUAUGAAGAUGGCGAUGGAGAUUUGGCCUCCGUUGAGAUUCAACCGGCCGGCAGAAACUUCAUGCCCAUGCAAGAAAUGAGGUCUGCCGUAUGGAAGAUCAACUCCGGAAGUGCUCUAAAAGGUCCAUUCAACAUCAGACUUACCUCUCGUGAGUCUCAUAAAGUAGUCGUUGCUCAGAAUGUUAUUCCGACAUAUUGGAAGGCCGACGAAACUUACCGUUCAAUUGUUAACUUUCAUUAGAAUU